UAUGAGACUCGUAUGGAAUUUUCUCUGUAUACACUGAACAUUCUCUCUCCUUCAAUCUCGAUUUCCGCCGAAUAUCAAUUCGACUCGAUCAGUCAACUCAAUGGCAGAUGUUGAAGUUCCAGCUCCUCCUGCGCCGGAAGUGACGGGGUCGAAGCCCAAAGAAGCCACAAAGGCCGCCAAGUCGAAGGAGCCAAAAGCCAAGAAGGCAGCGGCACCGAAGAAGGCCAAGUCUCCUCGCUCGUAUCCAUCUUUCUAUGAGAUGAUCAGUGAUGCGAUUGUGACGCUGAAAGAGAGAACUGGAUCAAGCCAAUAUGCAAUCGCCAAAUUCGUCGAAGCGAAAGAGACGACAUUGCCUUCCAAUUUUAGAAAGCUGUUGUCAGUGCAAUUGAAGAAGCUUGUUGCCUCUGGCAAGCUCGUCAAAGUAAAAAAUUCCUACAAGCUCCCUCCGACUCGCACUGCUCCGGUUAAGAAGCCUGAAACUGCUAACCCUAAAGUGGUUGCCAAGCCGAAAACAGCUAAAGUGGUUGCCAAGCCUAAAGCCAAGGCUGCAGCCAAGCCAAAGCCUAAGGCUGCUGCGAAACCGAAGUCAGCUGUUAAGCCGAAGGCUAAGCCAGCAGCAAAGCCAAAACCAAAAACUGUUGCUAAACCAAAGGCGGCCGCUAAGUCGGCAGUUAAGCCUAAGCCAAAGACAGUGGCCAAGCCAGCUAAAGUGGCAAAAACUGCGUCCAGAACCACGCCUAGAAAGAAGACGACGGUGAUGAAGGCUGCUCCGGCUAAGACUGUGAAGAAAUCGAAUAGAUUGAAAUCAAAGGCGGCGAAGAAGUAAGGAUUUGAAGAAGGGCUGUGCAUGGAGUUUUCGGGAAGGGUAGUCCUGUAAAUAGUUGGUUGAUAGUUGUAACAGAGAUGUAUGUUUAGGUUGUUGAUUCUUUUAAUUUAAUGGAAAUUAUAAUUAAUAAUUUUCAUUUAGAUUGCA